AUGAAGCCAACAAUGAUUGCAAACUCGUGCCGUGGUGAUGGCUCGCAGCGGUUUCCAACAGUGAGGAAGGCGAUUUGGGUCGUUUUAGGGGAUCCCUCUGGUGGCACAUUUUAUUUCAGUGUGAUAGCUUCACAAGGGCGCAAAGAGGACGACGCCUUACGAUCGUUUUGCACGUUUGGGUUGGAAGAUUCGCUUCAUUUGGGUGGAAACCCAUAUGAAGGUUCAGGUGCUGCCGCGUUCUCGGGCCGUGUUUCAAUUGAAAGUCAAAAAAUUGAGAAGGGGUUAAUCUCCGUAGACCGUUGGGCAAAAGGAAGUGAAGCUUAGUUCCUCACCCACCUCCACUCCAACCACACCCAUAGCCUCACCUCCACCUGGUCCUACGGACCCCUCUUCUUCUCCUCCGUCACCGCCAAACUCCUCCCCUUCAAGCUGCCUGACUUCAAUCUCUCCCUCCUCCGCAUCCUUCACACCGGCGCCUCCCUCACUCUCACCCUCUCAUCCACUAUCAUCCACAUCACUGUUAUAGACGUCUGUCACUGCCCCGGUUCAAUCAUGCUCCUAUUCUGCGGCGACUUCCGCUAUUUCCUCCACACCGGCGACUUCAGGUGGGAAGCCACGUGCCAUAGAGCAACCAAUGCUCAUCACAUGCUUGACCACGCUCUCUAAAACCUUCCUGUCGUUGACAUUGUUUAUCUUGACAACACCUACUCCAAUCUUAUCUAUGAUUUUCCACCUCGCCAUGUAGCAACUCAGAAGGUUAUAUAUAUCAUUUCUUCGCAUCCCGAUCAUGAAGUCAUUAUCGGGAUUAACACUUUGGGGAAGGAAGAACUGCUGAUUGAAAUUUCUUUUUUUUUUCAACUGAAGAUUUGGGUGUGGCCAGAGCGGUUGCGGACUAUGCAUCUUCUUGGUUACCAUGAUAUUUUUACAACGAACACGUCUCUUACUAGAGUUAGAGUUGUUCCUGAAUAUAGCUUUAGCAUUCGAACUUUAGAGGCAUUGAAUACAAUGCACCCAACUAUAGGAAUCUUGCCAUCAGGUUUUCCAUGGAUAAAGAAAUCACUUCAAAAGAAUGAGUUUCUUUCUGGUUCCUUUUUGACAUCAUCUCGUUAUACGAGAGGCAAAUGAAGUGCAAAUAGUAAGGCCGACAUUGGUGACCAAAUUGGAAACACAGGAUCGCCAUAGAAAAUUCACGAGUACAUGUACACAGUUCCCUAUUCUGAUCACUCCAACUAUGAGGAGAUUGAAGAGUUUAUAAAGUUUGUUCAACCAACCAGACUCAAGGGGAUUGUGGCUUCCUCGUCAUGCUAUAUUGAACCCAUGUACUAUUUUGGUCGACUUUGUUGUGUUGACCAACAUACACAACAUUUGUGUGAGGAGAAGAACAUGGAAGAACAUUGUAAAAGAGAAAAAGAAGAAGCAAUUAGCUCCAAAGCUUCAUAUGCAUGUGACAACAUUCAAACAGAUAGAGACUGA